UAGGUGUUUACUAUAAACAAACGUUUUGUUGGAAACUCAUAUUUAGUUGCUGAACUGAUUUGAAUAUAAUUUUACAUGGGGACGGUUCUAUUGCUCGCGUGGAUGUAGAACUGAGGCAGCGUUAUUCAAAAUUUAAGUAAGAAACGGAAUAUUCGCCGCGGAAAUCUCGAGUGGGAUUCUCUUAGUUCCCACUCUCUUCACAAUUCUCUCUGCGUUUUGCUCUCUUGCGGCGAAUCCGCAUUCAUUUUUCAACUUUCUUCUGUUGCGGCCGAGGAAAAAUUUAUCGCAAUUAAACCUUGAGUGCGAUUGUGUUCGGUCAUACGACAGCGGCGACGUCGAGACGAUGGAGUGCGUGCGAUUGUUCCUCCUUGUUGUGUCAAAAAAGUAGAGAAGUGAAACCUCCGGAAAGUGAUCGCGCUCGCAACAGUUUCCAGUCGCUCAGGGUGCCAGCCGUGAUUUCCCAACUUUGCCAUAAUCCCUAGUUGCGUUUUCCAUGUUUUCCGCGAGCCGCGCGAGCAAGCGACGCGCCGAGAUUUUCUAGAGAUUUUUUUGCUUUUUCGUCGCCGAGAAGAUUUUUCUGUCGCACGCCCGCGGAGUACAAAUGUCCAGUGGAAGCGGCGGAGAAAAGCGGAAUAUUCCCUUACGCGCGACGAGUUUUCUGUGAAAUUCGGGAGCUGGGUCUCGACCGAGCGAGUGCUGUGCCCCGUGCGAAAGUUCCAGCGUCUGUCGGGCGACCGGACCUGUAGCAGGACGCAGAGGAGGGUCUGUCGUGCGGUCCAAUUGGAGCCGGAACGCGUGCCGUGGAUGCACUCCUGUUCGAAGAUGUGCGACUCCUCGGCGAGCAACAGGAACGACAAUUGCAAUUUCGAACGGCAGGCGAGCGACCACAAAGACGUCAACCGUGUGCAACCGUCGCAACGGCAGCCGGAACAAGUGUGCGGCCUUGGCGUGUGAAAACUCUGAACCCGCGCCCCCAAACUCGCCAAAAUCUCUUCCAUUGUUGUCCCGUAGUGUAGAAUAUUCCGAGUGCCGACCAGUCGCUUGCGAGCUUGGUGGAUAGGAAAGUCCUGGAUUUUGAAGGAAAGUGUUUUGUGUGAACAAGUGCCAGAGCAACCUGACCUGAACUCAGUGCCGGAAGGAUCAGAGCUAGUGGAACAAUGUUUGAAACGGACGUGGAAACCGUCUCCAAAGACUGGCUGCAGGCCGAGUUGCGCUCGUCGGGCGGCAAGGACCUCUUGAUCCUCGACUGCCGCAGCUCCAACGAGUACGGCGAGAGCCACAUCCGGUCCGCCGUGAACUUCUCGAUCCCCAGCAUCCUGCUCAGGCGCCUGGCGGCCGGGAAGAACGACCUCAAGUCCACGAUCAAGUGCCCGGACCUGCGGCGGCGGAUCGAGUCCAACAGCGUCCAACUGUUCAUCCUCUACAGCGACUGCAGCUUCUCAGGUAGCAGCGACGAGCCCUUGGGCGCAGCGGUCGCGAAUGGCGAAAGCGGGAGCGGACUGCUGGCCAGUGUCCACCAGCGGUCGCAGGAGCUAGCGACGAGCGGCCUAGGCGCGGACCCAACAACAAACACGACCACGAUUAACGUGUUGCAUCGCCGCCUGAAACAAGAUGGCAGACGAGUGGUUUGCCUGGAAGAUGGCUUUCAUAGUUUCCGGGAUGCAUUUCCGGAGUGGUGUGAAGAGAAUAGUUCAAAUCAAGAUAUGGAAUCUAGUCCCGGUACCACGCAGGCCGAUCAAUUAAUGGGGUUAAGAUCGUUACGAAUAUCAACACCACAUUCUGAUUCAGCGUGCAGUAGUUCAGCAGAAUCAUCAGAUUGCGAAAGUACAACACAUCAUCAAUCAAAUGAAGAUCCAGUGGAAAUAGUUCCGGGUGUAUAUCUAGGAAAUAGGCAGCAUAGCAUCGACUCACAGGCGUUAGCAAAGUAUAAUAUAAAAUAUGUUCUGAACGUGACAUCAGAUCUUCCCAAUGUUUUUGAGGCUUCCGGCAGAAUACAGUAUUUAAAAAUUCCAAUCACAGAUCAUUAUUCACAAGAUGUUGCCAUACAUUUUCCCACUGCUAUUAAAUUUAUUGAGGAUGCACGCGCAACCGGUUCAGCGGUUCUCGUUCACUGCCUGGCUGGCGUAUCACGGUCGGUAACCGUUACACUAGCAUAUCUGAUGCAAACAAAAGCUCUAUGCCUAAAUGACGCUUUCACAUUGGUGCGCGAUCGUAAACCCGACGUAGCACCAAAUUUCCAUUUUAUGCAACAACUACAUUCGUACGAGCAACAAUUACUUAGUAGUCAAAAUCGAACCCCGUGCGUGUGUAGUGCCGGUAGCGAGUGCAAAUGUAUGCAAACAUACAUAAAUACGGUAGGUGUAUCACCUGAUUCCGGUAUUGAAUUCGACCGGUGGACACCGUCCGAGAGUGGAUCAAAAUGAGAUGAGCUUGUAGGGAAGAGUUUUGUAAUACCGUCGCCAAUUCCUCACUAUUCCGCUGAUGCAGCUAAAAGUGAAGCUAUGCAACAGCAAGAGUCGGAUAGUGAUGAGAAAUCGGCAUUCCAGUAAAUUUCUUUGAUUUCAAAUUGAAAUCGAAUUGAUGACGGAAUUAACAAAACUUUUCUCUACGUGAAAAGGAUAACAGCGCAGGGCGUGUGAAUAUCUGAUGAAGUAGUCUAGUUCAGUUUUCAGAACUUUAAGGCGUACAUGUAAUAUUGGAUUGGAUGCGUUUUGUCUUUUUGAUCGGAUGAGAAUCACGGCUGGAUGAUUUCUGGGGUUGCAAGAACCAGGGCGAUUGCAUGAUUGUCGUUCCAAUAGUUCAGAUGAAAAUAUCCAGCUGUUAGCAAGUUUUUGCCAUCGAUAUAUUCGGUGGACGACUUUGCAGUCCACCUUCUAUGUGAUAACUUAUGGCUAGGAAAUCUUUUGGAUUAGAUUUGAAUGAUGGAUUUUAAGUCCAUUCAACUGUAAAUAACUUUAAAACUUCGGCCGAAAAAAUAAUUUGAAGUCAACAUUUUUAAACCAAAGGAACAACAGUAUAUUCUGAAAGUCAUAGUUCCGCAUAAAAGAGAGUUGUUUGUGUCUUGUCUAAUUUGAUGACAACCUCAACACACUUCUCCGUUUUUCCUUAAAGUACCUAAAAGAUUUACAUUCCGUAGAAUUUCAAGAUGCUCACUCACAGAAAUUUCGCAUCUGUUGACUAUAGCCAUGACUGCCUCUUUUGAAUGAAUGAAUAUUCAAAUGCGCAAAUCGAAUCGUUGCUUUGAUCCGAAAUCACUAUAGUCACAAGUACACUUUAACUCGUGAUUGCGAUCCUGAUCAGACUGAAACACAAAAAGAACGCAUCUAAUUUGUUUUGCAAUUCGGUUCUAGAGAGGAGAAAAAAGCCAAUAAUAGAUGACAAUUUUUGUAGUUUAUUUUUUUCAAUGUGAAAUGAAUCCACUGAAAGUUAUGCUAAGUACGUUCACAAAUUAUAUAUCUAUAUAAAUCUAAAUAUAUAUAAUGAUAAAAUUUUAUAUGAAAGCCAAAACUAACAUAUAUCUAAUAUAUACAUCAACUCCGACUUGCGAUCGAGGCAAACAAAACAAAAAACGCAAAGCAAAUUAGCCACAAAACAUUUUCAAAUAAGCAAAGAAAAGUGAAUACACACAAAUUUAUUAUAUUGAAUAUAUUAUUCUAUAUAUAUAUAUACAUGUAUUGAAAAACAUAAAUUUGUUAUAUAAGCUAAGAGCAGAAAUGAAAACAAAGAUAACAAUUGAAAUUAAAUCAAAUAUUUUUAUAUUACA